UCUUGGUACUUGCAGAACAAUCCAUCAUGGACUUUUACUACCAUCCGUGCUCAGCUCCUUGUCGCUCCGUCAUGAUGACAGCCAAGGCCUUGGGUGUGGAGUUGAACCUGAAGCUCCUGAAGGUCAUGGACGGAGAGCAGCUAAAACCGGAGUUCGUGAAGCUGAAUCCACAGCACACCAUCCCAACCCUCGUGGACAAUGGUUUCUCCAUUUGGGAAUCGCGCGCCAUCUUAGUAUAUCUGGUGCAAAAGUACGGCCAGGAUGAUUCCCUCUAUCCCAAGGAUCCCGAGAAGCAGGCGGUGGUCAAUCAGCGACUCUACUUCGACAUGGGCACAUUGUUCCACAGCUUCGUUCAGGCAAUUUAUCCCCAGAUAAGGAACAAUGCACCCGCCGAUCCGGAGGCCAUGAAGAAGGUGGACAGUGCCUUCGAUCACCUGAAUACCUUCCUUGAAGGUCAGGACUAUGUGGCCGGCGAUUGCCUCACCGUGGCGGAUAUUGCUCUCCUGGCCUCUGUCUCCACCUUCGAGGUGGUGGACUUUGACAUUGGCCAGUAUGCGAAUGUGGCCAGGUGGUACGAGAACGCCAAGGAGGUCACUCCCGGCUGGGAGGAGAACUGGGAGGGCGUUCAGCUAAUCAAGAAGUUUGUCGAGGAGAGCCGUCAGAAAGAGUAACAGCAUUAAAUUAUCAGAACAGCCAGAGACCUCAGCACUUUUUUACCUUAUAUAGUUAUACUUUAUUCCUAUAAAUAAAGUUAAUCAAUACAUGUUAUCUACACAAAAGGCACUAGAGUUCUUGAGUAGUUGGUAUAGGUCGUGCCUAUUAAGUAACAUUUUUAUUUAUGCAACUGGCUGUUUACUAUUAAAUUCUUGAUAAUAAAUAUGGCAAUAAAACCUAUAAAAACCAACAAUUUGUAUUUCCAAGUUGCAUAGGUUCUCAAUAAAUCGCCGGUAUUUCAUCAAUCAGUCUUAUAUGUUUAUUACAAAUUACUACUAUCUUUGACUUGGAGUAUAAAAGUGAGAUUGUGUCUAUAUAUCAGCUCUGUUAAUCACUCACGACAAUGACCAACUGCAGUUGAAUGCACGCGAAUAUUUCGCUCGUCAUGUAUGUAUGUCCCCGGGGCCCUCUUAGCCCCUCGUUGCCUAUUGCAGGUGAAGCCCAGAAACCGGCGACUGGGCUGGGCCGUUGACCGCUCCACUAUUAGAACAAUUGUUUAGCUUAGUAGCUAACAAACGUGCUGCCUUUGGCAUUGAACAUACAUAUACGAAUUACGAAUGCACAUAUUUUAAAUUGCUCAGUGUGCCAUAAAAUCCGUCGGGGGGUCGGCACCAAAGUUAUGGAUAAUGUAAAGGAAAUAUAAAAUAAUUUGGAAUUCGUACAACUAUUCUUGUUCAUUUCUUUUCGAAUAAGUUUACUUUAAGAUAAUUAAUUAAUUAAGAAUUAAUUGCUGUAUAAAAGUAAAUCAAAGCAUUAAGAUAGUUAUCAGU